GCCAAAGCGGCAGGUGAUGGCUCGGAAAGCACUCAGGUUGCAGUGGAUGAUGAGCCCAUGGCGAUCGACACGACAACAGCGGAAAUGGAAGAGAAAGAUCCUAUUGCCGAGAAAGCAUCUCAGCUUGCCACCGCAGACCUUGCUGCUAUUGAUUGCCACCAAGAUUUUGACAUGAUGAAGAAAGCAGUGCAGGAGACGGUGACUUCUGGCGAGAAGAUCAUUUUCAUCAUAGACGCACCAACAUCGAAGACGGCAGUCCUCAAGGACCUCAUCAAGAAGGUUGGAGUUGUAGUGGAGACUUUGCCAGCCGGUACGGCUCAGCGCUGGGUGCUUUGCAUCUGUGUUGCACGGCGCUUUGACAUCCUGUCGGUCAUCCACUCUGAGGUCACCAGCCUUUUCAAGAACAACAAAACCUACUUGGUACAGUGCACGGCCUCUGAGCAUCAAUCGGCAAAGGCUCAGCCGACUUUCCGGAUCAUCUCUCAGGCUCCAGCUUGCUUUUCAGAAAAAGUUCCUGCCAACGCUGCCUUGAAUGCCGUGCGGAGCAAGAGCUGGGAAAAUCUCCGUCAGCGCUGCCUGAAUCCACAAUGCCCUCUCAGGCCAAAGCCAGGCCCUCGAGAGUCACAGGAUGAUCAUGACAAGACGGACAACGAGGCAGAUGUCCCUGAAGGAGCUCAUGAUCUUUGCGAAGUCUCCGAAGAUGAUGGUGAUGAGGUUGGCCAUGCCUCUGAGCAUGCAGAGGCUCUUGUUCCUCCUGGCAAGUAUGUGAAGGAGCUGUGGACUUUCGUCCGCCCUGUAGAACAGGGAGUUCGAAUCCUGAGGCAAUUGUGUUCGGCAGAGACGGCGUCCAGGUGCAUCAUCUUGACGAGGUCAGCCCAUCCAGGCAUGAUAGUUGCAUGUCGUCAGGUGCAGCUCCGUGUUGUGGCUUACGUCGAGUGCGGCAUCCACAAUUGGAAUCAUGGUCAGCAGUUGCUGGAAAGGAUGCUCAUCAAACUGAAGCAUCCAGAGGCUGAGACUUUGGUGAAACAUGUGAAGAAGAGAGCUUUGAUGCAAGACCUCCAGUUCAUAUAUGUACGGGCCCCGCAGGAGCAGCUCAUCCAAUGGAGAGAUGUGAAAGGAAACGAUGAAGGAGGCUCAGCCUGGCGGGUGGGAGUCGAUCAUUUGGUCGAGAAUUACCCAGAGAAAGCCGCGGCUCUUUUGAGUGCAGAGUUGGAGCAGUAUGGACUCAGCCUCGUGGGCACCGACAAGGGCAAAGCAUUGAGGGCCGAGAAAGCUUUCAGGGAAGGAGAUUGCAUUUGCCUUGCCACCGCGUUGUUUUUCACUUCCCAGUCCACGCUGGUCUAUUUCCUGAACGAAUGCAGUGCGCUAUCAUUCGCAGACCGCCUGGUCAAGAUUGACGGCCUCCAAGAUGGCUCUGAGACCAAGCCGCUCUUCGCGAUCCUAUGUGGCGCAGCAGGCUAUGUGCAGCACUACGGGAACAUCAGGCGAUCGCCUAAUGCUGUGUUGCAGGCAAGCCCGGGCUCAGGAGCAGCAGAUGGCAUGCUGUCGUUGGUUGCCCGAAGUUCAAACCAACAAGGCAUUGCAAAAGGCUCUUUGAUCCUCAUCAACUAUGGCGCACAGUACUCUAUGUUGGAUGAACCUGAGGCGAAGAAGCAGAAACAGUUGCUUCUCAAUUUUUCGCCAUCCAAAGAGUCGAAGGAUACCGCCACCGAGACACCUCCCAAGGUGGUUGUGAAACCAGACGAUCAGGGGGCCAAGGACACGCCUGAGAAGACAGUGCCUGAGAAGACAGUGCCACCUGUGGAGGCUGCAAAGCCCUCGGCACCUCCCAACGAAAAGCCCACGAUUGCGGCCGUUGAGGUUGAGGAGCAACAAAUCAAGGCCCAUGAGCCUGGAGAACCUUUGAUUCUGUCGAGCAAUUUGUGCGACAAAAAGGUGGAGUGUGGUUUCACUGGAUCAUUUUACAUCAUGUGCACUGAGCAAAGUGACAACGGCCGGAAGAUUCCUCCAUGGACUCUCUUGUACUGUGUCCGAGACGGGAAGUUGAGCGCAUCUGGCCAGAUCGAGUACAAGUUGACGGAGCCAUACAAGAACCAGAUCUGUGUGUACCAGAACAAGACUGUCGGCCCAGUCAAGACUUUGAGCGAUGCCAUCUCGGAUUUGGGCGCGGCAAAGCUUCAGAGCCAUGGUGGAUGGAAGUCAGAGAAAGUGCCUACCACUUUGUCUCCACCCGAGAAAGCGCUUUUUUUCUCCGUGAGCGACCAGCAGCUGCAAUCAAUGCUGUUGGCUACGAAGCUCAUGGCACAGGUGAAAGUUUUGCGGGUCCUCAAGUACGACGAAAAGAGCAAAACACUUGGACCUUAUGCCGUU